ACGAUACAGAGCUACAACAGCUUCCAUUCACCAUGAAUCCAUCCCACUGAUUGUGGACCGUCUGCGCAGGCUUCAAAUCUCCGCCUCAUCCUCCAAGGUACCGAGCCCGCCGACGCCUUUGGAGCACUAGCGCCAAGGCUGCGAUUAGAACCCACGAUGCCGAGGCAGAACUACCAGAUUGGCAACGCCGGCGAGGGAUCUAGUAUUAUAGACCAGAUGGAGAUUCUGAACGCCGAGACAUACAAUGAUGAGGCUGCUGUGUCGAUUGCGCGCAGUAUGACGGAGCUGGCGAGGCAGCGACCAGGGUCGGACCCGCAUAUAUUUGGGAUGACCGGAGGGUUUGAGGCUGUGACGGAGAGGAGGGUGAAUGUGCCGAGGGUUGCGGCGCAGAGGGUUGAGGUGAAGGAGAUGACGAAGACUAGGAAGGCGAGGAAGGCGAGGGGUGCGAAUACGGGGGAAGAUGAGGAUAAGGGUGGGAGGAGGAGGAAGAAGCAGAAACUGAGCGAGGACGAAGAUGGAGAUGAGGAUGAUGGGUCCAAGAAGUCGAGGGGGCGCCCGAGGCUUGACACUAAGGAUGAGACAGCUGCAGACCGCCGUCGGACACAGAUUCGCCUGGCACAGCGAGCCUAUCGCUACAGAAAAGAAACAACCAUAUCGUCUCUAGAAACACAGGUCGAGAAGCUACAGAGUACGGCCGAAGCAAUGAAUAAUGCCUUCCUCGGGCUCUAUGAUUUUGCCUCCUCGCAAGGUGUCCUCCACCGAGAACCCGACUUUGCACGGCAAUUACAGGCGACAACUCAGCGAGUCCUGGAACUGAGCAAGGCAGCUGCUGCAGAUCAGUCCAGCCACGAUGACGACUCUAGCCACGCCGAUGAAAAGGACCUUGACAACCAAAUCGCUGUUGUCAAACCUAAUUCCAAGAGGCCAAAAUCAGAGACACUGAGCCCUCCGGAAAAGGUCAUACCAAUUCUUGGUAGAUCAGCUUGGGGCAAUGACUCUCCAAGCCACAGAGAUGAAGAUGAAUGUUCUUUCCAGCAAACUUUCAACCAAAUGCCCCUUCCCAACCAACUGCCAGUGGAAGGGAAGAUUAAUAGUCUGCCUAAUCCCGACGAUGACAACUUUGUCUGUGAGCUGACUGAAUCCGAUAUGGAUCAAUUGCGAGCCGAAGCCUCUCGCAUGAACCCGUACCAGUUCAACCUCGGACUUGGCAACGAUCAAGUCCUCACCUCACCAACCUCUUUCGCAAGCCUUGAGACCAGCUUCGCACGGCGCCUUCAUCGUACCUCGAACGAACGCGGCUUUCGGCUUCUCACGAACCCUCACUCGAACCCCCUAAUUCUUAAGAGAGUGUUUGGGUUCUCACUCCUUUUUCGGACCAAAGAACAGCUACUGGCGUCGCUGGUCGAAAAAUUGGAACGCAGCUCAUCUAAAGGACUGCUGAAUCUUUGGUCAGCACCCUUCGUGCAUGUUGGCGGGUCGGGGACGUAUUAUCCGCUGCCCGAAGAGGAUAUCUCGAGUAAUCUGAUGCCGAAAGUUAGGACGGGCCGAUCAAUAGGGCCUCUUACGACUGAUGCUAUGUCGGCGCGGGAGAAACAUAUGAUCGAUAACUUCACUUGCAGCGCGGAAGGAUUUGAAGGGAAAUACUUUGACGCUAACGAUGUGGAGAGUUACCUGAGAGGCAAGGGUAUCAACAUCGCGCCACAUACAGAAUAUGUUACUGUCAAUUUGGACAUGAUCUCACUGGAGGGCAUGCCAGCUGCGCCGGUACCUACCAACUUCAGCAAUGGCACCAGUAGUUCUAUUUCACCUAGAACACCGCUGAGCCCUAGCGCUAUGGGGACCUCGAUUGGAGAACAAAUUCCGCAGACACAAACAUUCGAGGAGGUAAUGGAGGAAAUCCAGAUGACGAUCGAUUUCACAUCUGGAUCAAUGUAUGAGAAUGCCGCCUCGAAUUGGGCGAUUUCAACCCCUCCGAACCUCGUAAAUAACAACGACGGUAGCAACAAUAGCAACAAUAGCAAGCAGCCGCCAGCUCUGAACGCAUUUGACCUCAGAGGGCCGAUCUUUGACGCAGGACCUGGUAAACAGAGCCUGGAUGGAUAUGAUAACGGGUCGUCAUCGUCGACUUUAAAUUCCCUACGGCUUGUGACGCUCAGUGUUGCGACCUUGAUAUAUCUAGAGAAGGGGUUUGCCUUGGUAGAGCACCGGGAUUUAGGCCCCGGGAUGUCGAUCGGGCUCUGCGGAGGACUAUUGGGGAAGCUUUCGAGUAUUAGAAACAACCCUUGUUGUAUGAGGAAACUUGACGAGUGUAUUUGAAUUUGGGCAGGGGUUGGCAUGUGGUUUUUUGGAGGAAAGUGUUUUGGCGUUUGAGGCGGUUUUAUAGUAUGGCCAGGGAAAAGGCCGACAAGGGGUAUGGGCUCAAAUGUAACAAUAUGGGUGGUUGCACUGUAGAUCACCAUCAGCUCUCCAAGCAACUUCAACUAAUGAAUCAACUACGGAGCAUAAGCCGCUGGAAAUAAGUUAUUGUACA